AUGGCAGCUUGGAGGAAAGUUAGUGUUUUCCUCUUAACUUUGUGCGCUAUUUUCGAGCGCGGGAUCAAGGUGGCUGGCGCCAGGUCCAAGCAGCGGAGUUCGUUGAUCUGCCCUUCAAAGGAUAAUGGAAGGACAUCAGCUGGCUUCCGAUAUGAAGAUUGUUCAUCAAUUGGCAACCUGAAAGGGGAGCAUCCAAUUGACAGAGUCAGAAACUUCUGUUUCAACCAGUUUGUACAAGGUGACCAAGUUGCUGUGAGAUUUCAGUGGAGUCCAAGUCCACUGGGUAUUGAAUAUAUCAGAGGCUUCAAAAUAAUUCUUCAAGAAGCUAAGUCAGUUGGUGCUGGAAAAUCAUGUCAGGCAUUGGUUUUAGAGGAAAGAGAUCAACUCAAGUAUUUCAAUAAAACUCUUGUUUUGAAAUCUCACCCAUUUCGAAGUUUGAAGUUUAAAACACAGUAUAAUGUGACAAUUUUACCAUUUCCCAAUCUUCUGGAAGAAAAUAAUCCUUUUCAGUUUGAGGUCGAUUGCUGGUCUCCAAAGAAUCUAGAUGUCAAUCAGCCAUACCUUUCUACAAAAGUAAAUGCUACUUUUGACUUGGCUCCGUCCAUAUUUGGAUUUAAAGCUUAUCACGUGCGCUGUAAGAUGAACCCUGGUUUCCAUAAGGACAAAAAUAUUUUUGUGGUGACAGAUUCCAGCAAUACCACUGGGAAACAAGUCAAUUUUACAGUGAGGCCAGUGCAUUUCCCUUGGGCUGGUCCAAUUCGAGCAAUUGCCAUUACUGUACCACUAGUGAUUGUGUCUGCAAUUAUCACUCUCUUCACAGUUGUCUGCUGUAAGAAACAACAAAGUCCAGUAUAUUCGGAACUGGAUGAAGAGAAUUCAGAAUCGUCACCGUCUCCACGGUCUAGGCCAAAGGUUUUCAUUUGUUAUUCUAGUAAAGACUGCCAGAAGCACCUCAGUGUCGUUCAGUGCUUUGCAUUCUUCCUACAAGACUUCUGUGGCUGUGAGGUUGCAUUGGAUUUAUGGGAAAAACUGGAAAUCUGCAAGGAGGGGCAAAUGGACUGGCUCAGCCAACAGAUCAUGGAAUCCCAUUACAUCAUUGUUAUUUGCUCAAAGGGAAUGAAGUUCUUUGUUGAAAAGAAGCAACACAAACGUAAUGGCGGCUCUAGAGAUGGUGGGCAAGAGCUUUUCGUUGCCGCUGUUUCCAUGAUAGCGGAGAGACUGCGGCAAGCACGACUACAUUCAGGCAACCCCUCCAAAUUCAUAGCGGUCUACUUUGACUACUCCUGCGAAGCAGACAUUCCUGGCAUCCUAGAUUUGGCGUGCAAAUACAAACUGAUGGAUCAUUUCCCUCAGCUUUAUUCCCACUUACAUGCUCGAGACCACAGCCACCCAGAACAGGACACGUAUGUAGUGAACAUUCGUAAAAGCAACUACUUCAGAACGAAAUCUGGGCGUUCUCUGUACAUAGCCAUAUCUAAUAUGAAACAACUUAUUGAGCAAGAGCCUAACUGGUUUGAGAAGCAGCUGGCGCCGGGCCUACCUCUGCUCCCUCGUCACCAGGGCCCAAUUAGAGCUGACUCUGGGCUCGUUCUGAAUGAGGUAGUUUUUAAACAGCAGGUAACUGACCAUGACUUUCGUUUGAAAACUAUUACCGCCAUCACUCCAGUUAAUACAGUGUCUUAUUCAAUAAUUCAGCAUUUGGGCAGUACUGAGGAUGCGGACAGUUCCGACCGUCAAGAUGUCAGUUCUUUGCUGAGACCUACGCCACGGAUGGUAGCAGCUGUAAACCUCUCAGAAAUGCCCCGUGACUCGGGAAUAUAUGACUCUUCCAUUCCUUCGUCAGAACUCUCACUGCCUUUAAUGGAUGGUCUGUCUUCAGACCAAGCAGAAACUGGCUCCAUUGCAGACAGUGUCUCCUCAUCCUCGGGGUUAGGGGAAGAUGAUCUGCCUGUUCUCCCAACAAAGUCAACUGUAUCUGGAGUGUGUAAGAUGGAAGCAGACAGACAUGUAGCUGGUGCAGUAACCCUAUAACAUUAUGUAUCACGGGGGAUGCAUUGCCACUUUACCUCUUCAACUUUACAUCCACGAACAAACCAUGCAUUGGCAACUUUUCAACCACGUCGUGAUCUUAAUGUACAAAAAAGAUGAGUCCUCUGUACACUUAACUCACUACAAUGUUUAAAAAAAAACUUACUGAUAUGCAUUGAAGAAAUAUUGAUUUAAUACACCGUCCUUUCAGACUGAGUAGGAUCGGAGUUUGAUUGCAGAGUUUAAAAUAUCAUUGUGUUGUCUCAAAUGUUCUUUUAAAUGCAUAAUAAGUGAUAUUUAAUUCUGUAUAUUGAUUAGGGCCAUCACGUAUCUUAAUAUAGUGAUCACUGUGAUCAGUGGAGAGCCAUAUGUUUAAUUGAAGGUUUUCAUUUGCCACUAUUUAAAUCUGUUUCACAAGCUUAUUUAUAUGUCAGCUUAGGGAAUAAAACAAUGGCAAGUUUUGUGAAAUCUCUUAUUGAUCUGAUAAUGCCCAUUAGGUGGAGGCUAUAUUUAACAGCUAGGUUUAGAUCAGCAUUGGACAAAUACCUAUUUAUAGAUAAUGUAUGUUGCAGAUAAUUGCACUACUAUGCCUGCUGGGGAGGUGUAAUUGAAAUUUUAUUUGGACCAAUAAUUUAAAACACCAACUGCCUUCAAUUGAUCUCCUGCUCAAAUCUAUAUUCUGAUUUGACAUUAAGAUUUAAUACAUUUUGAACUUCAUCCAGUUUUACAAUGUUUGAUGUGGUUUAUGGCUAAGCAGAAUGAAGUUUAGAUUUUAACAAAUGUUUAUUGUAGAAUUUUAAGUUGAAUGAUUGUAAAUAGUUUUCAGAUGUGUAAUGUAUUAACUUCCAAAUCUAAUUAAAGGGGCAGUUCUUUGUAUGUGGAUGUUAACCAUUCAAAAAUUUGUUAGAAUAACUCCAACUGCAACACUUCCCUGCUUUUGUCUCUAAUUACACUUCGCUUCCCAUUUUAAAUCCACUUUUCUGUGCACCAGGAGGUGGAAGUGGUAGCUUCAAUGGCAUUAAAAAAGAAGGACUUGGAGUUUAUUAAUGUAUCGGGGUGGGUGGGGAAAAAUUCCCUUCUGUAAUAAUGAAAGUGCACAUUUUAAUUUGAACCCCCACAUUUGAAAAAGGGGGAACUCUGUACCAGAUUUAUCCCGUAACAAAAAUAGCUUUUUUUCUGUUUGCCUUUAAUAUUUGUUUUCCAUGGGAAGUUAUAUUUUGUAAUUGAUAUGUUCAUUAACAAAUGAAAUUCGUGAUGAUUUAUUCUAAAUUACCAUCUUCAGUUGUGGCAGUCAUUGUGACCACGAUGUUAUCUGGAUAAUACAAUUUACAUUUUGUAAGAAUAACUACUUACAGUAUUUGGAGAUGCACUGUAAUUUACUUAAAGAGAUGCCUCUCUUAAUAGUUAAUGGUAUCAGUUUUGUGCAGUCUCUUUGCCUUUUUCGUUCAUGACCUGAAAUCUGGUGUACAUUUGUAUGGAUACCAGGUACCUAUUCCAGCCAAAGCUAACCUACAUUGGCUCUCCCAGCAGUUACCAUUACAAAGACACAAAGUGGUUACAAGAGUUGAGUGUUUGUUUCGUCUCCAUGGCCCAAGUCCUGUCCAUUAAGCCGCUUAAUACGAACUGGAGGUCAGAUCUAGUCCUAAAUACAGAGACUCCUUGAGAUAUUGCAAUGCAUUGUUUAUUAAAGAAAUGACAUAACACUAUAUUUAAAUACAUUUUCAGCUAGUGACAUUUUUGAGGACCAAAGUUUAUUUUAGUGUAGGUCUGCAGUAAAUCUAGAAGAAAUUUGUAGGAGCUGGGAUUUUUGUCGUCUUGAUUAUGUUGACAUUCUGAGGGAUGGGUUCACUACUCUAUUAGACCAAGUGCCUGAGACAUCAAUACAGUGAAGUAUCCUGUAGUGUUAAACAUCAUUUUGUAUUGUAGGAAUUUUGAACACUGCAUUGUCAUUGCUUCUAUAAGCUAAUAAGCCAAAAGUCUUGCUUUGUUAAUUUCCAUAUGGCAUUACUUAAUAUGCCCUCGUACUUAGUUUUGCAGACCAUCUUUGUGAUGUAAUUUUGAUUAUUAUAAAAGACCUUGUAGAGUGCCUUUAUAAACUUAUAAUUACCUGAUGCAUUUUGUAUUUUAAGAGCUAUAAAUUAAGGUGAGUGAGAGAAUUCUCUACCUUUUGUCUUUUUUGUACUGAAAUCUUAAAAAUAAAAAAAGUAAACAAAACACAAGAUUGUUUCCUAAUAAUCAUUCUUUCAUUGGCCAUUUUUGUAAUCUGUUAGUUUGUGAAUGCAGAAUAACUGACUCAGCUGUUUCUUCAAUAUGAAUUUUAUAUUGUAAAUGACAGGUUUUCAGUAUUCGUUAAAUCUCAUUGUGUUGUAUACUGCCAUAACCGGCAUAAGUUUCAUAUCAAAGUUUUAGAAUAGUUUUGAUGUUAGCCCUAUGAGAUUAUGAGUAAAUUGGUUUCUAGACCAUUCCUGACUGUUCAUUUAACAUGCAUGUAGCUUGUAUUUUAGUUACCUUGCAUUUAUUUGUGGAGGGGAAAACUUAAUUGGCAAAUGUAAAGACUGCCUGUCCUGGCAAUGAUCUAGCAAACCAGUCAAGGUUGCUGUGUGUUUUAAAGGUACUUUACUUGGAGUCACAUUCUGGUAAUACAGACACAUUUGAUCAAAUUUACUGUGUAGGCUGGGUGAGGUCAGUUUCUUUUUAUCUAGGGCAUUAGUUUAAGGUUAGGAAUGCAAUAAAACAUAAUUUCUUACUGUUGACUACAACUACAGUUGCAGAUCAUGAAUAACAUUGGCGAUGGAUGUAGACAAUGUCCAAUAAUCACAGUUCUAUACCAUUGAAGGUGACUGACGAAUAGAAGGAGAGUCAAUGAGGGUAACAAUAGGUUGAUUUUGGCAGAUGAACACGUGGCUGAGAAACUGGUGCAGGGGGCAGGGUUUCAGAUUUCUGGAUCAUUGGGAUCUCUUCUGGGGAAGGUAUGACCUGUGCAAAAGAGAUAUUAGACUGCUGGAAAAUUAUGACAGAGGGGUAGUAAUGGGGGACAAGGAAAUGGCACUAGCCAUUUGGAAGCUAAUGGAAAAUGGAAACUUAAGUAUUUUGUAUCAGUCUUUGUUAUGGAAGAAACUUGGAGUGUGUCAGAAGUUCAAGAAUGUCGGGACAGAAGUGAGUUAUUACUAAGGAGAAGGUGCUUGGGAAACUGAAAGGUCUGAAGGUGGAUAAAUCACCUGGACACCUGAAGUGUUCUAGAAAAGGUAGCUGAGGGGAUUGUUGAGGCAUUAGUAAUGAUCUUCCAGGAAUCACA